AUGAUCGCCUCCGCCGUCCGUCUCUCCGCCGCCCUUGGCCGCCAGCCCGCCCUCGCGGUCGGCACCACCACCAUGACCGCCGGUCUGCGCACCUCGGCCGUCUCUGCCGUCAUGGCCUCCACCACCCUCCGCCGUCAGGACGGCCGUCUGUGCUCCAAGAACAGAAUGCAAGUCAUUCUUGACGCUUCUGCCCCGGCACCGGCUGCCAAGGAGCCCAACUGGGCCAACGUCUCCGCUCGCAUUCGCGACGCCAAGGACCUUGCCGGCUGCUAA